AUGGUCGAAACCUCCGCUCUUGAUUCCCUUAUUCGAGUCUCACUUGCCAUAAUCGCUCUUGUUCUUCUUCCGCUUGUUCUACCCUCUAUCACCGCUCUUCGUCCUGUUGUUGCAGUCUUCGGAGGAGGAGAGCUUGUUCUCGCAGUUGCAGUCGCGCAUAUUCUUGAUUUUGCUCCUGAUAUCGUCGAUGUCGUUGGUAUCGUUGUCGUAGCCUUUCUUGUUCGUAUCGAUCUAUCUCCUGUUGAUAAAUCUCUUGUGCUUGUUGACUUUGAUGUCCAUACUGGUGUAGGUCUUCUUGUUCUCUCUGCUCUUGUUCUUGUUCUCGCCGCUCUUGCUCUUGUCUCCGUCGAUUUUCUUGUUCUCGGUAUGCUGGAUCAUCGACCUGCUCCGGGUUGA